AUGCCUCUCCCUCAAUUACUCGUAGGCAAGGUCGCUGCCAUUACAGGUGGUCUCACUGGCAUUGGACGGGCAAUUGCCUUGGAAUAUCUCCGCCAUGGCGCCAAAGUCGCCAUUAGCCACCUCGGCGGCCCCAAGGAGGACGACCUCUUGGAAGCUCUUCGCAAAGAGGUAAACGAGAUUGAAGAAGGUGCUGAUAAGACGAGAUUUAUCACCGUCACGGGAGAUAUUUCACAGCCCGAGACGGGCAAGAACUUCGUCGCCAAGACGGUGGAGGCAUUUGGCCGUCUGGAUGUGUUUGUUAGCAAUGCUGGUGUUUGUCGAUUCGCUGAUUUCCUCGAACUUGAACCGUCCCUCCUCAACCACACAAUCUCCACCAACCUCUCCGGUGCAUUCUUCGCCACACAAGCCGCCGCCAGACAAAUGGCCCUCGCCCAGUCACCACCCGGAGGCUCCAUAAUCGGCAUCAGCUCUAUCUCAGCACUCGUCGGCGGCGGCGAACAGACACACUACACCCCUACCAAGGCCGGUGUCCUGAGUCUGAUGCAGUCGUGCGCAGUUGCACUGGGCAAAUACGGAAUCCGGUGCAAUGCGCUCCUGCCGGGAACGAUUCGUACUCAAUUGAAUGAUGCUGAUUUGGCGGAUCCUGAGAAGAGGACGUAUAUGGAGGGUCGGAUUCCUCUUGGUCGGUUGGGUCAGCCGCCGGAUUUGGCGGGGCCGGCUGUUUUCUUGGCUUGUGAGGAGUUGAGUAACUAUGUGACUGGAGCCCAGAUUCUGGUUGAUGGUGGAUUGUUCGUCAAUCUCCAGUAA